AAACGGUGCCUCUGGAAAGAGGCUGGGCGCGAGAUUCGGCGGCAGGGACGAAAAAGGGAGGCAGCAGCAGCGAAGGAGGAGAGGCAGCAGGAGCAGGAAGAGGAGGAGGAGGAGGAGGCCUUGGGCGCUUUCGUCCCCUUCUCGCUGGGGCCAUGUUCUCCAGGCGGAGGUCCAGGCGAGGCCGAGGCUAAAAGCUGCCUUCUCCCGCUCUCCUUCCCUCCGCCAUUUCUUCAGCUCGGCCGGUGGUGACAGCCCCGCUUCCCUCCCCUGCCGCCUUAUGGUGCCCUCAAAGGAUGGCGAAGAGGCCGCGAAGUGAGGAAGACGAUGAAGACCUUCACUAUGCAGAUCAUGAUUAUGAAGUGCCACAACAAAAAGGAACAAAGAAGAUAUGUAAUAGAGUAAAAUGGACACGUGAUGAGGAUGAAAAGCUGAAGAAACUGGUAGAACAGCAUGGGACAGCUGACUGGACAUUUAUUGCUAGUCAUCUACAGAAUCGUUCUGAUUUUCAGUGUCAGCAUCGAUGGCAGAAAGUCCUCAAUCCAGAGCUUAUUAAAGGCCCCUGGACUAAGGAAGAAGAUCAGAGGGUUAUUGAGCUUGUUCAGAAAUAUGGUCCAAAGCGCUGGUCUUUGAUUGCAAAGCACUUAAAAGGUAGAAUAGGGAAGCAAUGUCGAGAGAGAUGGCACAAUCACCUUAAUCCUGAAGUAAAGAAAUCUUCAUGGACUGAGGAGGAGGACAGAAUCAUCUAUGAAGCUCACAAGCGAUUGGGAAAUCGGUGGGCUGAAAUUGCAAAAUUGCUUCCUGGAAGGACUGACAAUUCAAUAAAAAAUCAUUGGAACUCUACUAUGAGAAGAAAAGUUGAACAAGAAGGAUAUUUGCAAGAUGGAAUCAAGACAGAAAGACCUUGUUUAUCAAAAGGUCCACAUAAAGCAUGUUCGUCUACAGAGCAUCUUCAUGCCCACAACCAGUUCUACGUUCAGGUACAUAUCCCAGGGUACCAGUAUGUGUCAACAGAAAGCAACUGCAUAGACCAAAUGACAGCCUCUUCAGACUUCAUUCAGCAGCCAUUUGAUGAUGAUCCUGACAAAGAGAAAAAAAUAAAAGAACUUGAGCUGUUACUUAUGUCAGCUGAGAAUGAAAUCAGAAGAAAGAGAGUCUCAUAUCAAGGUGGACAUUUUUCUAACUGGUCUGGAAAUUUCAUUAUGGAAGACAACGUAUCAAAUGCCUUAAAUAGCCUUGGAGAGCAAACACAUGACUUUUACAAUUUGGAUGAUGCACAGGUUGCGACUGCACAGCAAAGCUCACCUACCAAAUAUUUGGCUGUAGAGGCAAAUGCAGUGUUAUCAUCUCUACAGACUAUUCCCGAAUUUGCAGAGACGCUAGAACUUAUUGAAUCUGAUCCUGUAGCAUGGAGUGAUGUCACCAGCUUUGACCUCUCGGAUACGACUACAUCUCCUGUCAAUCAAGCUCCAGUGAAACUGAUGCGAAUUCAACACAGUGAUGGGGCCAUGGAGUGCCAAUUCAAUGUCAGCGUGGUGCUCGAUGGCAAAAAAACAAGUGAUGAAGAUGAAUCUACGUUUCCAAGUGCUGUCAAAUUCAGUUCUCCUCCCACUAUUUUGCGCAAGAAAAAGAAACUCAAAGUUGGACAGUCAGUUGGUGAACAGAAUGAUGCUUUGACUAGUAGCAUUACAAGCACUGCACUAAAACAAACACCAGUGAAAACAUUACCCUUUUCUCCUUCACAGUUCUUCAACACUUGUUCUGGAAAUGACCAGUUUAACCUUGAAAAUCCUACAUUUACAUCAACACCAGUUUGUGGCCAAAAAGUUCUUAUUACAACACCUUUGCAUAGUAAAGAAAUGACACCCAAAGAUCAAAAGGAAAAUGCAGGUUUUAGGACACCUACUAUCAGGAGAUCUUUGCUAGGAACUACACCAAGAACACCUACUCCCUUUAAGAAUGCUUUAGCUGCCCAGGAAAAAAAGUAUGGUCCUCUGAAAAUAGUGUCUCAGCCACUUGCCUAUUUGGAGGAAGAUAUUAGGGAGGUUUUAAAGGAAGAAACUGGAACAGAUAUAUUCUUCAAGGAAGAGGAAGAUUCUGUUUAUAGGAGUUGCAAAUUAGAGAAUCCUUCUGCAAAGAAAGUCAGAAAGUCUUUGGUUUUGGAUCCCUGGGAAAAAGAAGAGUUUGAUUCCCAAUUUUUCACAGAAGACAAUGGUUCAGAUAUACAGUCAGAAAAUAUUUAUACAACAUCACUUCUAAUGAUUCCAUUUUUGGAAAUACAUGACAAUAGAGGAAAUAUGACUCCAGAGAAACAGGAUUCCAAUUCCACAAAGCUGAAUGUAGCAAUGAAAAAAAGGCUGAAUACUUGCACUUCAAAAAAUGUCAAAUCAGAAAAAAUACUUCAGGCAAAUUGUGAAUGGGAAGCCGUUGUUUAUGGGAAGACUGAAGAUCAGCUCAUUAUGACUGAGCAAGCAAGACGAUAUCUGAGCACCUAUAUGGCUACUGGCAACACUUCAAGGGCUCUGAUUUUGUGAUUGCGUCAAAACAUUUCAAAAUGGACUUUAUGCUGAAAAGCUUGUUUCAGCAAUAUAUGUACUGACAGAUUUUAUUUAUUCUUUUUUUAAGAUUUGAAACUGCCUUAUAAGGCAAAACUUAGGUCUUUUUUAAUGUUAUGCAUCCAUCUUUUUAAAGUGAAAUUUGAACAGUCUUUUAAAAAGACUACUCUAAAGAAUAACUAUUUUUUCUAUCAACCAAUUUUUGUUCUUUAAUAUAUACUUCUACUCUCCUUCAAAAUAAUAUUUUAAUGUAGCCUAGGUUUACAGGUACUUUAUUAUCUAUCUAUGAAAGGAAACCAUACAUGACUCCUUGAAUAUGCUUUUACUUAAAUGUUGAUUUAUGUAGCAUUUUUUUAAACACAAAAGAGAGGAAACUAAAGGAAAAAUAGAAGGUUGCACUACUAGUAGUAGGUAUGCUGCACAAAAUUAACUACAGUGUUAAAUGUAUUUAUUUGAGAAUGGUACUUCUAAGAAGAGUAGACAAAGGGAUUGUUGAUUUUUUUUUAUUAGGGUAAAGCAUCAGUAUUAGUAAAUCUCAAACCAAGACUAUUGUUGAAUGUAUUGUACAGCAUGUAAGAGCAAGAAAGCUUUUGUAAAUUGGAAAGUAGUUUAAUUUAUUUUCACUGUAAAGCUUAAGGCUGCAAUCUCUCUAAUUGCCUGCAUAUUUUUGCUGUUUUGCAAAACAACAUGAACCUGGGAGGUAGCUGUAGCAAAUUUUAUUUUGCUUGUAGAAGGUAGAAAAGGGACAUGCUUACAUCUCAGAAACAAUAUGAGCACCAUUGCUUUCUCCACUUCCACGCUUUGCACUAGGCUCAGCAUAUAGUAUGUUCAUUCUAAUACUUAAUUUGGAACAUACUACAUUCUUCCUUUGAUGUGCUGUUUUUUCAUAACCAGGCAUCUCAGUAUCUUUAGAUCAGAAGCAGCAGACUGCCAGUUCUCAGAGAGCUGAGCUCUUUCCUUCUCCAAGCUUCAGUGUUUUCAUUAGGUAGUAUCUUUAAGAGCUGCAGGAAAUGCUAAUUGAGCAGCAUGAAGAAAUAAAGGGUAUUUUUCAGGAAGCUGAACGUGAAAGGGUAUUAGAAAUGGCCUUUAUCCCGGAACAGUCGAUUAUAAACAAAAAUAACUUUCUUUAGGUCGCUGUUCUUUAAUGGAUUCAUUUUAUUCUCAACUGCUGAUUUUGGGCCAUGCUUGAAGUAUUUGCUGCUCUGUAGAUACUGAAAUAUUUAUGAGGGAAAAUUACAAAAGGUUUAAGUGCAAAGGGCGAAGACCUGGUAUAUUCUAGUAUUAAAAGUGGCCAUGAAGAAGGACAGGCCUGGGUAUAAAGCUAUUUCAAAGAGGACAAACUUCUCUGCCCAGACAAUGGGAGAAAUGAGGAUUGUUGUCUACUUUGUAGGAUAGUAGUGAAUGAGUAGAUUGCAGAAUAUGUCUGGGUUGCUUUGCAAAUGCUAGUAUUUUAUUUGGGUCUAUGUUGGCACAAGCAAUAAGCAAGAUUGAAGUUCUUUUAUGUAGAUAUUUAUAAAACACACACACACACACAUGCAGGUUGUCUUAGAAGCUGAUGUUUCCCUAAUAGCAUAGGUCUGGCUGUCAUGAGAGAAGGUAAACUGUAACCUUGGUGCAUUGGAUAGGAGCAAAAUAGGCUGUGAAAUACAUUAUUUUGCAUUUCAUCUAUUAAGAUAUUGCACUAUUCCUUUUCAAAUCAUGUAAGUCCACAUAGUCUUUAAAGUCUAGGUUUAUUAUAGUUCAAGUAUUCCAGGAACUUGGUUAUUAAAGGGGAUACAUUUAUGUUGUGUCAAAAUACAAUGACAUGCUAUGGCUUCUUGUGGCCCUAUACAAGAAUUGAUAUUGAUGUACAUCUUAAUAUGUCUGAGAGAAAUGAGUCAGUUCACAUGAUGUGAGCAGCCACAGGUCUUCCUCAGCCACGUGUAGAUUUAUUUUCUUCAGAUUGAUUGAUGUUGGUAUGAACCAGGCUGUAACUAAAUCGCAAUCACAGUUAUUUCUGUUUCCCUGCUUGAAUAAGCACCAUAGUUGUAGGAUGCCUACAAAGCCUAGAUCAUAUCCAAAUUUCCCCCAAGAUUGAGCUGUGGCAGCCUGAACUUCACUUAUGAUCUGGUUCAGAAACAUUGUAUAGCUGCUGUUGGAGCCUCAACAGAAUUACAAAACUAUUCAGAAAGCAAAAUAGUCUUUUUUAUUUUAAGAUUGAUUCAUGCUUUUAAUCUUCAUAGGUUACAGCAAUUGCUUCAGUUUACCUGCUUUAGACAUUUGCACUUACUUGUUCUGUUUGAAGGAAUGUCUUUGUUUUGCUUUUGUUGUAGCUUUUGAUUGUUUGUUUUAGUGAAUUUCAUGUAGAACAUAAUGGUGUGCUGUCAACUUAAAUACUGACAGAUAAAUAGAAUUGUAUACUGUAGAAGUUUAGCUAUUUAUAAAUCUGACACUCUUCCUCUCCAGUCCUCGGUGUGCUGCUAUAGAGAGUAGCAGAGUCUGCUUGCUGCUAUGAGAGAGGGAAAGAGCGAGCAUCAUAUGCACUGUAUGUAAAAUGACAAAUGGAAUAAUGGCAUGUUCUCAAGUUAACUUGAUACCAACCGUUGUUGUGCGGGGAGUAACACAAUUACUAGAAAGAACGUUGAUACUACAUGACACCAAGAACACUAACAAUGAUUUUAUUUUGAUAUUGUGUAUGGUAUGUAAAGCAAUCUAUGAUGUUGGAAUACUUUAAAGAAAAGCUCAAGCUCCCAUUCAGUAGUUAUUUAUUUAUUAUUCUAAAUAAAUAUUUAUAUAUAGAAUGUUCACUUACCUGCUUUUAAUAAGCCAGUUUUUUUUAAAUGGUUAGCAUUUUCCAGAAUAACUCUAGAAAGAGAGUUGCUUUUCCUUCUCAUUAGGUGAGAAGCCACUUUGAAACUUCCUUUGGUAUUGUUAGUUUAGUUUUGUUCUCUUUUUAAAAUAAGUUUCUUCGAGCAACUCCCAGCCUGAAAAACAAAGGAGUGAAGUGCCUGUGCCUAGCAUAGGAAGGCUGUCAUCUGAAGGACUGUGCAUCUAACAAUACUCACCUUGGCUUUUGACUUUUCCCCCCAAAUCCUAUCCCUAAAUCUUAUGAAAGAAGUCUUUCAAGCCUUAAUGUCAGUUUAUAAAGAAGUCCAGGUAUUUUUUUAAUCAUUUGUCCUGAGUUUAUGGCCAUGUAAGCUGCAUUUAAAUGGCUUCCCUGGGUUGUUUUUGGUGUGCCAAACUCCAAAGAGGUGUUGUGUGCAUCAGCACUGCCUGCAUUUCCUUCUUCUGUAGUUCCCUGCAUCGUGCUGGGAGCCACUUUUGAAGGACUGGGAUCCACUGAAAGGGACCCAAGCUCUGCAGUAUGCAUGCACACUGACUGCAGCUCUUUGGCCCCACUCCAUGUCUUCAUAGCUUAUAGAUUAAAAGACCUGCUUUGCAAGAGGCAUGUAAAUUAUUCAAUGGGAUUCUUUUAAUGCUACCAAAGCCACCAGUGCCAAGUUUUAAUGUAGGUCUCUGGUAAGUAGUACAAACUGGAGUUGGUAUUGGUUGAAUCUUUCAGUUAAUUGCUUUUGUGUUUUUAGUUUGGAAAAGAGAAAAAAGAUUUGAAAUCUUUUGAGGUGUUAGAAUUUUUAAAAUAUAUUUUUGGUCUUAGGUGAAUUUGAAUUUUUUAUGUUUAUAAGUAGAAUAUACCUGCAGCAGACAAACAUACGCAUUGGAAAAUGAUGGUGUCUGUUAAUACUUAUGCUUGUUUUAAAGUUUGACUUUUAAUUAUCAGUUGAAUAUUGGUUGUGUGUUAUUUUAUUUUUUAAAUAUUUUAUUUGCUUUACUAUAAAAUUUUGUUUCAUUUAAAUGGAUGUUGCAUAUAAUGCAGACUCACUAUAACACCAGAAAUAAAACAUUUAUAUACACA